AUGCAUUCAUUACUCUGUUUUAUUUCAGCUCGGAUUCCAGUAGAUGUAAUUGAAGGAGUGGAGUCUGAAACAAAAAGCUAUGAUAUAGGGAUAUAUGAAUUUACCUUAAAUGCUGCAGCUGGCGGGAUUGGAUGCCAAGAUGGUCUUAGCUAUACAUUUGGAGGUCGAGGGGCAACAGUAAAAGCUUUAUUAAAAUUUACUCAAAGAACAGAAGUACAAUUCAUAAUCGGCAAGAAACCGAGGAGUGUAUGCUAUACUUAUAAUUUAGGAGGGUAUCCAAAUGGAGGAAGUUCUGGAAGUGAUUGGUUUAAUCAAGAUAAUUCUGGCGGCGGUGGAGGAAUGACUGCAAUUAUGAUUGACGGUGAAUACAUUUUAAUUGCUGGUGGAGGCGCUGGAGGUGCAGGAAUCUUCAAUGGCUCUCAUGGAGGAGGUUUUGGAUACACAUUACAUGUAACAAAAUAUGGACAAAUAGAAGACUACUCUGUUUUAUAUGUCCAAAAUAUUAUGCAAGGCGAAGAUGGUGGAUAUGCAUUAAAAACCCCAGGAUCUGGGGGUGGUGGCGGUUGGUUUGGCGGAAAAGGAGGAAUUGGGAGUGAAAAAACUAAUCCAAUAGUUUGUGGCCAUGGUGGAGUGUCAGGGUACUUAAAUAUAUCCCAACAUUUCAUUACAAAUCCAAUUGCAAGAGAUGGUAGAUUUACAAACAACGAUGGAGACGGUUCUGCUAGAGUAUUACAAAUAAUAAUGAAAGAUACAGUUCCAGAAAAUAAUCGAAAACCAAGAAAGAUCUUAGUUGCAUCAUCAAUGUACAUGUCUUUUGCUGCCACAAAUAUGUUUUAA